GGCUCUGUUUUAAGAAGAGAAGAAUGAAAAUUAGAAACUUUACAAAAUGAAGAGGAGAGAAAUACAAUUCAGCAACAGGUCACGUAAAGACGUAUUUGUUUUCAUCUAAGUUUUAGGACACUUCACAUUGUAGCAGGCUUUAGCAAAGCUGCCUGCGGCAGUUAGAAAAAGCAUGAAGAUGGAUUCAUCAACUCUAAGCUUAGAGACUAAUGAACCUGUUAAGAAGAAAGGAGUCAAUAAGUAUAAGAUUCUGUCUGCAGUUCUGCUUGUUGCCUUGGUGGCCAUGUCUCUUGGCUUAGGUCUCGGAUUAGGACUGAAGAAAAGUGAGAAGACUGAAUCAGCCCUAGUCACAUGUAAGAACCGAUGCAGUGACGCUCCAAGUGGGAGGGACAUCGAUUGUCGUUGUGACUCUGAAUGUACCAAGCUAGGAAACUGCUGUUUUGACUAUGAUGAUCUGUGUAUGAAACCAAAGGAGGUAUGGACUUGUAGCAAGUUGCGGUGUGGAGAGAAGAGGAUUUCUGACAGCCAUUGUUCCUGCUCUAGUGAUUGCUUGACACAAGGAGAUUGUUGUACAAAUUAUAAAACAGUUUGCCAAGGUGACACUGCCUGGGCAUCAGACCCAUGUCAAACCUCUAAUGAACCACAGUGCCCAGCUGGCUUUGAACUACCACCCAUUAUACUUUUUUCACUGGAUGGAUUUCGAGCCGAGUACUUACAAACCUGGGAACAUCUCAUGCCAAACAUUAGACAACUAAAGACCUGUGGAACGCAUUCAAAAUAUAUGAGGUCCAUCUAUCCAACCAAAACUUUUCCAAAUCACUACACCAUUGUAACAGGUCUGUAUCCAGAAUCCAAUGGUAUAAUUGAUAAUAAUAUGUAUGAUGUACAUAUGAAUAAACAUUUUUCUCUUUCUGGAAAUGAGAAAUUUAAUGAAUCUUGGUGGAAUGGCCAGCCGAUCUGGCUGACAGCCAUGUAUCAAGGAUUGAAAGCUGGCACUUUCUUUUGGCCUGGUUCAGAUGUGGCUAUAAAUGGUUCCUUCCCAUCCCUAUACAAAUUAUAUAACAAUUCUGUUAUAUAUGAAGAAAGAGUGACCCACAUACUAAAUUGGCUUGAUCUUCCAAGAAAUCAAAGGCCAGAUUUCUAUACAUUGUACAUUGAGGAGCCAGAUUCUUCAGGACAUACCUACGGACCAGUUAGUGGUGGUGUAAUUGAAUCACUGCUUCUUGCUGAUCGAAUCAUGGGGAUGCUAUUGGAUGGGCUCAAGCAAAGGAAUCUGCAUAACUGUGUCAACCUGCUAGUAGUUGCCGAUCACGGAAUGGAAAAAACCUUUUGUGAGCAGUUAGAGUACAUGACUGAUUAUUUCAGCGACAUCAAUUUUUUCUACAUCUAUGAUGGUCCUGCUGCCAGGAUCCGUGCUCGAAAUGUGCCACAGGAUUACUUUAGCUUUGAUUCUGAAGGGAUUGUAAAAACUCUUACAUGUAAAAAACCUGUUCAGCACUUUAAGCCAUACUUGACUCCGGACCUUCCCAAGCGAUUCCACUAUGCUAAUAACAUUCGGAUUGACAAGGUUCAUCUCUAUGUGGAUAGACAGUGGCUGGCUGUAAGGGACAACAGAUACACUUUUUGUGGAGGAGGAAAUCAUGGAUAUGACAAUGAAUUCAAGAGCAUGGAGGCUAUAUUUCUAGGACAUGGCCCUGGGUUCAAAAGGGGUGUGGAAGUAGAAGCUUUUGAAAAUAUUGAACUCUAUAAUUUAAUGUGUGAUUUGCUGCAAGUUCACCCUGCUCCUAACAAUGGAACCCAUGGAAGCCUCAACCAUUUAUUAUCUAAACCAUUUUACACACCCACUUUUCCUCUUGAGAAAUCUAAUCCAUUAAGCUGCCCAGUCUCUUCUUCAGUUCCAAGUUUAGGCUGUGUCUGUAAUUCUACUGUGAAUGAGAACACAAUGAAUGACAGAUUAAACCUUGACGAGAAUAGAAUUAAAGAGACAGAAAUGCUUAAUAUUCCAUUUGGUCGACCAAAGAAUGUUAAAGAAAACAGCAACUACUGCCUUCUUCACCACCAGGGUUAUGUUAGCGGGUACAGCCAUGACAUCUUAAUGCCACUCUGGACUGCUUAUUCAUUAGAAAAGGGAGAUGGAUCCCCAUUGCCUCCUACACUAACAGACUGUCUGAGAGCCGAUGUUAGAAUCCCGGAGGCAAAGAGCCAGAACUGCUCAGACUACAACCAGGGCCUGAACAUUACCCACAGCUUCCUCCAUCCUCCCAAAGUAAACAGAACUGAAAUGGAACAAUAUGAUUCAUUGCUAACAAGUAACAUUGUUCCAAUGUACCCUGAGUUCCAAAGGAUAUGGUUUUAUCUGCAUGACACAUUACUGCCUAAGUAUUCGUUUGAAAAAAAUGGAGUCAACGUAAUUAGUGGACCUAUAUUUGAUUACAACUAUGAUGGCCUUGUUGAUGUUAUGAGUCAAAUAAAACAAUAUGUUCCAGACACUCAAAUCCCUAUACCAACACACUACUUUCUGGUGCUGACAAGCUGUCAAGAUGUUGCCAGUACUCCUGUCAACUGCCCCACUUCACUGGAUGUCUUGUCCUUUAUCAUUCCACACAGAAUAGAUAAUAGUGAGAGCUGCGCAGAAAAUAAGACAGAGUCUGAGUGGGUAGAGAAAAGGCUCCAUGCGCACGCAGCACGUGUUAGAGAUGUAGAGUUGCUUACUGGACUGGACUUUUACCAGGAACAGAAGCAAUCUGUGCAGGAAAUCUUACAACUCAAAACAUUUUUACCAACCUUUGAGACUGAGAUCAACUGAAAACAGCACAUUGCAUGGCAUAUUAAAGCAAUUGUACCAUAUUUCAGAGCAGCUUCCAUGUAUAUUUUAACUGUCAGAGUCCUAAGGGUCGAUAUGAAUUACCACACACAUCUCAUCUCUCAGUUGAUCAAUGUAGUCCUGCUUGAGUUAUUAUGAGAUAAUGGUUUGUGAUAAUUUUGCCAAAAACCUUAUCAUCUAUGUUAUCACCUUAAAUGUAGAAAAAUAUCACAAAUAAUCUAAGUAACUCCAUAUUUAUCACCAGUUUCAAAUUAGCGAUAAUCUGCUUUUAUAUAUAAAAAUUGUAAAAUUCACUGGUGUUUUACUUGCUAAAAAAUGCUUAGAAGGAUUUUUACCCCUAUUAACACUAGUAGUAGUUUUACCCAUAGUAGUGUUAUUCUGCACUAGGGCAUGUUACACUGACAAUAGGCUACUAAUCCCUAUUAAUAUGUUAAUUAUGUUUGUAUACUGCAACUAAAAUAGGAGUGAAAUGAAGUUUUGUGAUACAAGGCAUAAGCAAAAAGCACUAUUACUGCUCUCUGAUGAUAACUCACAUUUUCUUAUUUAUAUGGAUUAAUACUGCACAGAAUAACUAAUGUUAUUUUAUAGGCAAAAAGACAUAAUUAAUCAUGCAAUACCUAAAAGAAAAAUAACAGCUGAAGCACUUUCAUUAAUUCUGCUCCUAUUUAAGCCACCUUAAGUGAAUAUACCCUAUAUUCAGUUUCUGCAUGUGUGUAUUUAUACUGCCAAACUGGCAGUUCAAGGGAAGAUAAAAUAAAGGGCAACCUUAUUUCAAGUGUG